AUGAUAACUGCAGAAAAAGACUUGUAUAUGAAAUUUUUACAGCUUGAUGAUUGAAUGCAGACGAGUGCCAAUCAAGGUUAUGCAUCAUUUCAGGCAAUCAAAAAUGCGUUUCAAGCUAUAUAUAAUGAUAAAAUUCACUUCAUAGAUCGAGAAUUUACUUUAGGCGGGCAUCUCGAAUCUUCAGGAAAUCUGGAUUUUAUUACAAAAAUCCAAGAAAUAAUGCAAGACUCAGACCAAGAAUUGAAGAUACCAAUUGUAUCCUGCUGAAAAGCAAUAUUAGCUAAAGAAAAUUUACAAUUAUCAGAUCAACAGCUCAAGUAUAGUUAUACUUGGCAAAUAAUAGUAAUUCUCCCUAAGAAUCAUACACUUAUUGAUGGAAGACCUCUGGGAAACUUAUCUGAAUUAAUUUUUCUAAUUGAUUCAUCUGGGAAUGGUUGUCAAAUUCCUGAAAAUAUAAAAUCCCUACUAAAGGAAAAAAUUAAUUUUGAAGAGCCUCAUAGAGGGCCUAGCCUUUGGGGUGGGUGCUUUCCAAAUGCUAAAAUAUAUGAUAAAUACUCUAUUAAGCAAUGCAUAAAUCCAAAUGAAAGUGGCAUAUGGUGUAUAUUUAACGCAUUUAUGCUUAUUUCAAAUGGAAAUGACAGUUUUUUGGGUGCAUUUUGUCGUCGUGUUGAUAUGAAUCAAAGUAGUAAGCUGAGAGCGAUUUUAGAAGCACAUAACAUUGAAUUGAAUUAUCCAAUUGAUUUUAUGGCAUCGCGCCCUCAUAUAAAAGCUAUAUAUAAGUCACCUAAAACUCAGCAACCUGCUUUAAAAGUUAGAGAAAAUUCUACUAUUUCUUGUGGAAAUAUAGAUUUUGCAAAUUCAGUUAUGGAAGAUGCCUUCGUUGAUAAAACUCAAUUGAUCAAAAAAAUUCUAGAUGAUGCUAGUCCGUCAAUCCUUAUUGCAAGACCAAGAAGAUGGGGGAAGACAUCCAACAUGAAAAUGCUUAAAGCUUUUUUUCACCCAGAUUAUGAUGAAAAUGGAAAUCUCGCAAAUUUACAUUUGUUUACUGGAGGAAGAGACAAUAUAGAUCUAACUAAUUUAGAUCCAAAAAGAUGCUUGAAGAUAAUGACUUUAGACAAUGGAAAAUAUAUAAAAGAUUUUGGAAGUAAACCAACAAUUUUCCUGAGUUUUAGCCACAUAAGUAAUUACAGAGAAAAUGGCAACCCAAACAUUGAGCUUUAUCUUGAAGGAAUGCGUGAUGCAAUCAAAGAUGCAUAUAAUGAGCAUAAGUUUGAAUAUCGUAGGUGCUUAGAAAAAACAAUAAAAUUUUGAUGCUUGCUCCAUCCAGAUCGUAAUAUUAUUGACUAUAGAAAUCAAGAUAGCGAUUUUUUAGAGGAAGUUAUUGAUAAGUACAAAAUAGAAGUUGCAGGUGAGCUUAAACGAUUCAGAAUAUAUAAAGAAGAUAGCUAUCUAAUAGACAUAAAAAAUGCUAUAAUUGAUCUAGCAAAUAUACUUUUUUAUGCUCAUAAUAAGCCUGUUUUAGUACUUGUGGACGAAUAUGACAGGCCGAUUAAUGACUUUAUCGACACAGAUGAGCCUUAUGACAUCACUGCCUAUUUAGGACCUUUAUUGCAUAGGCAUAUAUAUAUUCCAAACUUAAUUUAUAAAGUAAUUUUUAUUGGGACUCUUAAGAUCCCAACGGCUGGGGUACUUAUUGAUAUGAACAUUUUAAUUCUGAAUAAGGGAAUAAAGAUGAUAUAA